CCAAGCAUUAGGGGCUAGCAGCAGAUACGUUGUAUGUAUUUUUUUCUAUUGCUUUGGUGAAAAUUGUUACGUUGUUGCAAAAGCAGGAGGGGGAAAAAAAAUAAGGAAGGAAAAAUACAGGAGAGGAAGAUUGAAACAGAUUGGGGGAGUUUUUGUUGAAAGGUUUUGGGGAAGAAGAUACAGAGGACUCCCCUCCAGGAGAAGGAGGGAGGGGAGAAUCGGAGAGGGAGGAGAGGUUCAGAGCCUGGAAGUGGGAGAGAGAAGCCGCUGCUGGUAUUUUUGUGAAAAACGUGUGCCCCAAAUAAUGAGUGUAGAUCCAGGAAAUAAGUUUGAGUACUGAAGCCGGGCGCAAGCUUUCAAAACAUCUGGAACCAUCAGGACAAAUAACAUGAACUGAGGGAACAGGAUUCUGUUUUCAAUUACUUCAUGAACACAUUGUAAAGAGGGGAAGAAAACGGCAACCCAUUCUCCACAAAGUCUUCGCUUGUCAGUGAGGAUCUCCACCAACCAUGGGGAGGAAAAAGAUUCAAAUUCAGAGGAUCACAGAUGAGCGAAACAGACAGGUGACGUUUACAAAGCGUAAAUUUGGUCUGAUGAAGAAGGCCUAUGAGCUAAGUGUCCUCUGCGACUGUGAGAUUGCGCUCAUCAUCUUCAACCACUCAAACAAGUUGUUCCAGUAUGCAAGCACUGACAUGGACAAGGUGCUGCUGAAAUACACCGAGUACAACGAGCCUCACGAGAGUCGGACUAAUGCUGACAUCAUAGAGACGUUAAGAAAGAAAGGGUUUAACGGGUGUGACAGUCCUGAGCCGGACGGUGAUGAUUCCAUUGACCAAAGCCCUCUCAUGGAAGACAAAAUUCGCAAAGCCAGUGAAGACCUGGACAUACUGUUCAAACGAUAUGGUGCACUGAACAAGAAGCACAGGGAGUACGAGAGCCCAGACGCGGAUGAAGUUUUUGCUCUGACUCCGCAGACCGAGGAGAAGUAUAAAAAAAUUGACGAGGAGUUUGAUAAAAUGAUGCAGAGUUAUAGACUCGCAUCCUCAGUGCCAGCACCAAACUUUGCAAUGCCAGUCACAGUACCAGUGACCAACCAGAACUCCUUACAGUUCAGUAACCCAGGAGGCUCCCUUGUCACACAGUCCCUUAUGACCUCUUCAUUGACAGACCCAAGGCUACUAUCGCCACAACAGACAAGUUUACAGAGAAACACGGUGUCUCCUGGACUGCCACAAAGGCCAGCUAGUGCAGGAGCAAUGCUAGGAGGAGAUCUGAAUAAUUGCAACGGAACCUGUCCCAGCCCUGUAGGAAAUGGCUAUAUUAGUGCCAGAGCCUCUCCAGGCCUCAUAACCGUCUCCAAUGGAAACGGCAUGGGUAAAGUUAUACCUGCUAAAUCACCACCACCUCCUUCGCAGAACAACCAGCUCGGAGCCAACAGUCGCAAACCAGACUUACGUGUUAUUACCUCUCAAGGCAGCAAAGGGUUAAUGCAUCACUUGACGGAGGAACAAUUAGAAAUGAGUGCACAGCGGUUAGGAGUAGGAGGUGUGUCCCAAGCAACACAUUCCCUAACCACCCCGGUUGUCUCUAUGGCGACUCCCAGCCUACUCUCACAUCAUGGACUGCCUUUUUCUGCUAUGUCCACAGCAUACAACACAGACUACCAGUUGACCAGUGCAGACCUGUCGUCACUCUCAACGUUUAGCUCUCCUGGAGGUUUGUCAUUGGGCAGUAUUUCUGCCUGGCAGCAGCAACAACAGCAGCAGCAACAACAACAGCAACAGCAGCAGCAGCAACAACAACAUCAACAGCACCACCAAGCACAUCACCUAGUCCCAGUAUCACUAAGCAGUUUAGUAUCAAGUGGACAACUGUCCCACACUGCCACACUAACUGUCAACACCAACCACAUCAGCAUCAAGACGGAGCCUCCAUCCCCAAACCGAGAACGCAAUACAAACACCCCACUGACCUCCUACUCUCAUCAGAGCCGGCACGAGGCCACAGGCCGCUCCCCUGUUGACAGCCUCAGCAGCAAUGCAAGCUCCUUCGAAGGAAAUGAGCGUGAUGAUGGGAGGGCUGAAUAUAGCUCGUCCCUUGGGCUCUUGAGACCCUCAGGAGAGGGGGAGGGAGAGAGUCAAUCUGUAAAGCGCAUGCGGCUUGACGCAUGGGUAACAUAACUGCACUUAGUCUCCUCCACUUUAUUCUCUCACCUGUGGCCCACAGAAGGGGAGGGCUGAAAAGUGGGGCAGCAGGGGAGGGUGGGAGAAGAGGUUAGUCACCAGUGGGGUUUAAUGCUGUAGGGUGGGAACAUAUCAUAAACUGCCUGAGACAUAGCUUUAGUAUUUUGUAGGCAUUAUUCUUAGUCCAGUGCAUCAGGCAAUGUCUGCAAUGCUUCUAGCUCUCCAUGGCUGCAGUACAAGUGUCUGGCGAUUAUGACUUCACCUCUUCAGGUCCAAAGCAAUCUGAUGCCGUGUUGGAGUCUGUUAACUAUAGCUGCUAUUCCCCCACACCCUGUCAUCAUCAUGUCAACCUCCUGAAACCUCCUCUCGCUGCCUUACCCUUUUCUAGUCUCAACACCAUUGUGCUGAGGCAACUGUAUAUUGUACAGAAGUGAGCUUCAUAGGAAAGUAGAAGCAAUGGUAUCAUUGUAUAUGGGGGUAGAUUCAUUUGCAGGCACUAGUGAAAUCCCUUAAGUCAGCUGCUCUGCAAAUGUGUAAAGCCCAUUGUUAACUAAUUGUAAAGUGGGACAGUGUUGGUUUUAAGACCUCUUGCAGCUUUGAAUAUUUAUUGAGAAAUUACUCGGUGAUACUCCUGUCAAUGACAGCCCUUGUUAUAACAUCCUCCAUAUGAUAGCUCAUCCUCCACUUGACAGCUGACUAAACAAUGCUCUUAAUUGCACAGCAGAAUGUUUGCUACUGUACUGGAUAUGGCUGUCACCAAAAGACUGUGGGAUGCUUCCCCAUUUUUCCAUCCCGUUCAGAGCCUAACUAGCCUUUUAUAGUGACCAACUGCACCCUCACCGCUGAAAAAUGGGAAAUUGCCACAAUUUUAGUUCAUACCUCUGAACAGGCAUUCAGAUGAACAAUUAUUGCUCUUUCACCUGUUAGCCAUGGAGUGCUACACAAGGCAGACUUUGCCCUUUUUAAGAAAAAACAAAAAAAAACAAAAACAAGAAAUAUAUAUAAUAUAUACAUAUAUAUAUUUAUUCUUUUAAAUGCGGUAUUUUUAUUUUGGAGGGAAAUUAACAUUAUGAUUUCACUUACCAGUUUUUAUUUCUAUAAGUAUGUUAAAAACAUAUUUUCACAAUUACAUGGAGUUGGGUAAAUGUAAUUAAAAAUUUAAAUAUUACAUCAAUCCAAAGCGGAAAAACAAUGAUGUUUCGGUAAGUGAAUUCAUAAAAAUACGUCCUGUGUCUUAAGCCCAGUCAUUUCAAAAGGGAAUUGUGGAAUGUUCCGUCCUCUCUUAGAAAUGAUAGGUUUAGGAUGUAGGCAACGCAGAUUUUACCUGAGGCCCAUAUAUAUUCCUAGCAGCCAGCUCACUGCCUUAUAUAAAGCAUACAAAUGAGAUGACUUUCACUGCCAACUAGAAUAUGGCCGACCCUUAGUUUUGCUGCUGUUUUGAUUCCUAAAUCAAAUGCACAGUGUAUAUAAUGUUUUGUUUCUAUUGUGUAAAAAUACACAAGAAUAUGCAAAGGUUGUUGGUAACAAAGAUGGAGGGGGCUUUUAUACCCACAAAUACCAGAGAUCAGAUCACGUAUCCAGAAUGGUCGGCUUUGUAAAAGAUGUAUAAAUGUGUUAUAUAAUUGUACCAUAUUAUGCAACUCAUACAAGGCUUAAAUAAGUUCAUCAUAAUAAAAAGAAAACCAUAAGUUAAAAAAAAAGGAAGAAUUAAAAGCUGUGCUCCCAUGGUACGGCUAGGGGGUAGUUUGGGGCAAAAGCAACAUACAUGUAAAGUUUGUGGUUUAGCGCCAAAUGCUUCAUCAUCACAGCUUUGUCAACACCACUGGGACACUUACCACGAUAGCUUUUAACAAUUAAGUGAACAAAGCUGUAUGUUGUUUUGCUUACUGAAUGUAAAGGGUUAGUGAUUGUUUUCAGAACAACAACUUAUUGUUCUAGCAGGAUGUGCACUAGUGUUUUUUGUUUUGUUUUUAAAUUAUUGUCAUAUUGAGUUAAAAAAAAUGAGCGCAGUUUGCAACUGCCCUGAUCUCUGGGAUUUGUGGCUAAAAAAUGGUUAAUCAUCACUGAUACUGUUAUGUCAAUUACUGACAAAUUAUAUUAAAAUAGCAGCAGCAAAAUUCUUAACCAACUAUCCCAGUAUAUAUAUUAUGGAGCAAGAUUUUAACUCCUGGUAGUGCAGGCUGAUCUGGCAUUAUAUGAUCCUCAGUUGAAACUCAUGGGCCUUUAGCAAUGACAGGUUUUUAGAGAACCGUUUUUUUUUUUCUCACACAUGUAAAUUAAGCUCAUAUUAAUUAUCAAGACAUGGAAAAAAUGACAAUCUUAAAAAAGUACUCCCUGCACCCUGUUUUUAUCUGUAUAAAUAUUUGUUUCCGAUUUUUAAUAUUAUUUCUCGUGCUCAUUUGUGCUGUUGACAGUUACAUUGUGUAUAUUUUUUUUAUAUUCGUAAAUUUGCGUUCUGUAGAGUAGAUAUUGUUUUAUUUCAGUUUUGUUUAUUUUUUUCCUCAUUUUAUUAAAGGGGUGUGGCAGAAACUUGCACGACAAAAAAAAAAAAUUUACAAGUUAAAUGCUGCAGUUUUUAGAAGAGUGGAGAAAAACUUAAAAAGGAACAUAUUUAUUCUCAAAUGGCUUACAAUGUGUAAAAUGCAUGAAGUAAUAUUUACAAAAAAAACACCAAAAAUUAAAAAAAAAAAUGACAAAAAAAGAUGUAACCUCAACAAAUGUGUAGCGUUUAAAAUUUAAAAAAAAUAGCUAAUAUAUUGUGUUUGGCUGGUUCGCUUUAAUUUCUGUUUUUUUUUUAAAAAAAAUGUUUUUCUUUUCGUUAGUUAUUUUGGACAAUGAAAAUGCAGCUGUGUAUAUUUUCAUAUAAGAAAUAUGCACUAUGUUUAAAAAAAUGAUAUAUUGCUUUUAAAAAGUGUGGUUACUUUACUUACCAAAGUCUCAGUCUAUGCUUUCCCUUCUGAAAUGUUAACAGUAUCCUGACCAUUGAGUCUUGUUUAUUAACCACUUGGAUGCCAGGAAACGCCUGAGCUGAGUAUGCCUGGUUGGCAACAAAAGGGUUGAUCUGUCACAAACACAUCCAUCUAAUUUCAGCCAUUCAUAUCACUGCCACUAAAGUUAAAUGAAUAUCAAUAAACACAUUCAAGCCAUGGGUAAGGAGGAUAACAAUACUUCUUAGUUGGGUGCCUGAAGUAUUCACUAGCUUGACAGCUAAAAAACAUAUUAUUUUCCUACCAUGUAUAGAAAAAGUAAAUCAUUAGAAAACCAGACAAUAUAUUCCUUCUCUUUCCACUGGGGGGCAGUAUAGUCUCAUAAUAAAGGCAAGGUCAUCAUGGUAAAAUCUCAUUUGCACUAAAGAUAUUCUGGGUUAUACAAUAUAUGGGAUAGUUUAGUUUCCCAACUUGUCUAUAGUUGAUCCACAAUUGUGGGUGAAUAUGCUAUUGGUGAGAUGUCUGUAUUAAAGAGAAAGUAUACACUCAUUUUCAUAUAACUUCAUGUAAUAGACAAUAGUAUAAAGAAUAAUAUGCACAGAUACUGAUAUAAAUAUCCAGUAUAAAACUGUUUAAAACUUACUUAGAAGCUGUCAGUUUAGCUCUGUUGAAAAGGUAGCUGGAAAUAAGACCCUCCACCACUCCCCCUUCUUUUGCAUAUGAAAAAACACUUUACACAAACAGGAGCAAGCUGGAGAAGGUAGCUGACGGUAUUCUCAUAAAACUUUGGGGCUUGGUUAGGAGUCUGAAAAUCAGAGCAAUGUUAUUUAAAAAUAAGCAAAACUAUACAUUUUUUAAAAAAAAAAAAACUGUAUGGGCUAUAUAAUAAAUAGAUCAUCUACAAAACAUUUAUGCAAAGAAAAAAUGAGUGUAUAAUGUCCCUUUAAGAUGUAUAUCUUACUGUGGUUCAUAGUGGCUAGAUAUGGACUAGCAAUUGCAAACAUGAAGGAUAAAUACUAGUAUUGCACAUUUAAAUAUAAUCCCUGCAGCAUUUCCUCCAGUCUAAAGAUACUUUCCAAGUGGAGCACAUAAAACUUAAAUCUGUCACGCUUACAAAGAUUGGUUUCACUAAUAUUAUAUACAUACUCAGAUUCCAACAGCCCUUUCUUCUGGAGGCAUGGAGAGGAAAACAAGGACUGUUUUUUCCUUGUAAUACAGGGAGCUAUUCAUUUAGUUAACAAUCUGAAAAAAAACACUGCAAAUCCAAGCACACUGACAGUAGAGUUGUCCUGUAAGAACGUGUACCUCUUUUGUGAAUGAGACGCUCAAAAAAUACAUUUUGUACCACCUAGUGUCUAAAACAAAUAUUUUGUUAAAGCACUUUCUGCGACAAUAUACAGUGAACCUAAACUGCAAAGGCACAUAUGGGUCCAGUAAAAUGAUCUUUUUGAAAUCUUUUCAGUAACAAAAAUUAAUUUUGUGUAAAAGUAUUUUAAAGUGCACAAUAACGGCAGACCUUUUCCCACCUUGUGCCCCGAUGUGUACUGAUCAUUUACAGUUUUGUUUAGUUUCAGCUUUCCAUAGUGCUGCACUCAAAAAUAAAAUUCCACAUAUAUUUGCAAUGUGGGUAAUACAUUGUGUACCUAUCUUGCAAUACAAUACAGUCCUUGGGUGCUUAUGUUGUUACAUAACAUGCUUUACACUUCUGACUGUGAGGGAAACAUUUGAAUGUGGUGGGUUUGGUGUUUUCCGUUGAGUGCCUUCCCAAGAUCACCAUUUGCAAGAUCAGCAUCAUGGUAUUUGACACCAACUUGGUUUUCCAUUGAAUUCAGCAGUGUGUCUUCAUCUCAAAUGCUUGCUUCCACUUAUUUAGUCCUUAAUGAUCUGCAAUCUUGGAAGUAGACCAUUGUCACCAUUAUCCAUUACCAUAGACAUUUAAGAAACAAUAAUAUUUGUUUAUGGCAUCCUAAAAGCAUCAAAACUUUUUUUUGUGGUUAUUGGGAGAGAUCACAUUGUGUAAACUCCCAGACCUCUGGAAGAUCGACGCAAGAACCAAUGGUCAGGGGACAUCAUUUCUAGUUUAUGGCUGAACCACAAAGCCAAACUGGUUACGGGUCUGAAAGAAGAUGGUCCCCCUAACGCCAUCCAAUCUUUUGUUUGCAUCACUAUCAUUAUUUAUAUGUGUAGGUGUUUGGCUGCAGGCUAUCAGCUUCUAGAGCACGGUAUUCAAGGAAUAGCAUGCUAACUACCUGUCAACAAGUGGCAUGUCCUGAUUAAAUCACUCUGUUCUCUUCCUCAGUAUCCUAACUUUACCUUGAUUGUCUUUGCCCUGGAAAAUAUCACACCUUCUGUUGCACCAACAUGAACAUUUUUCCUAGAUGUCACUCUCAAUCUCAAAGGAGAAAUUUUCAAAUGGAGCAUCUUGGAAUGAAUGCCAUGUUGGAUCAAUUCAAGAAGUCACUCCUUACAUGAAAUGCUUUACCCAAGUACUUUAGCACCUGCAUACUACCACUCUCUUGUCUGAAACAUCUACAGUUCUCUAGGGGCAUCCUCUUAAAUUUGUUUUUAGAUACAUAACCCUCAUUUUCCACAGACUUCAGUCACUCUCAUGUUCUUCAUGUAUUGUUAGACCUGACUUAUUGUACAUAGCAAGUUUGGACAUGUAAGCAAUGGUUAAAAGUACAGGGAACUGUUUUUUGUUGUAUUGAUAUGAAAUGAAAUUAUAUUUUUGUCAGAGUAUAUUGUUAUAAUACUGACUUUGAACAUGACUGUAACUGUACAGCUUCUUAUUGUUUAACCCCUGCCUUCCCUCUUACCGUUCCCACCAUUCUAACCCCUCAUUUUGACCCCAGUCUUUUUUAGACCCAUUUUUUCAGGAGGUACAAGCUACGUUUAAUUUUAUAAGUGUAAAAAGAUAAAAAAAAAUACAAUAAGCAAUAGUUAAGGAUAUAGAGGGGGGUGACAAUGUAUAGUUAUGAGCUGACAUGCAGUUUGUGUAAAUAUUUGACAAGGUCUAAUUUUAAUAUUUUUGGUAUGCAGAGUCUAGUGGCUGUAAUAGAAAACUUAGAUUAUUAGUUUGGAUAUUUAAAGGUGCCGUUUUCCCUCACCAAUGUAUGAUAUAUAGAUUACAGUCAAUUAACACAAAUCAUUUGACUUUUCAGUUAUACCAAUGCCUAGUUGUUUCUUAGAGAUUUUGGAAGCCAAUUAGUACCAAUUGGUUUCCAUGGAUAAUUCUGUGCAUAGUUGAUUUUAUUUAUUUUUUAACCAGAUGGAAUUUGUAAAAGGUAAAUAUAACGAUAUGGUCUUCUUUAUCCAACUGUCAUCGAGAUUUAUUGACCCUAAUGCUAUCCUACCCAAAUAGGCACUAAUGUAAAUGCUUUUGUUAAAAGUUAUCCGUUUCAGCAGCAUUUGCUUUUUGUAUCCCCUGCACCCUAAUUCAAACACCUCCUCAGAGAACCAGCUGGAGUGGUCUUUGAAUGCUGUUGCAUGGGGCACAGAAAUGUGUGUAUAUCACUGAAACAGUGGUAACAUUUACUAGAAGCCUGUUUACUAAUGCAGGUAUGUUUCAAAAAUGCUUCUAUUCAAAAUUUAAAUGCACAUUUCAGUUUUGACUAUUAUGUCACUUUAAACCCGAGAAUGACAACUAGGACAUUUUAAAAAGUUUACUCUGAGGUUGAUGCUCAUAUUCUUGGAUUAAGACAAUUUCAUAUGAAAUGCUCUCUUUGCAACCAUGUUUUCUGCUGUAAGCAGUUUAAAUUAUGCAAUUUUUUAAAUAAUUAUAUAUUCAUAUGCAGAUUUGACUGGCAUUGUUUCCUUCUGAUGCCAGUCUUGGUGUUUUCUUUUAAUAAUAAUCCAUGGUGAUAAUGUUUAAGAAAACGCUGCAGGUACAGUGUCUCUUUUCACGACUAGGUAUUCAGUUAUAAAACCUGGCAGUUUUUUUUCUUCUUUAUAAAACAAUAAUCUGAUGAUAUGCUGUAUUCACUUUUCACCUUCAGGUUCACGUUAGUGUGCACUAUUAUUGCAAAACCCAUAACAUCUGAUCUAUUUAUUGGUAGACCCAUUUUUGAUUGAUUGUAUUACAUAUUAUAUAAUGUAAAACCUAAGUUUAAAAAAGUACAAAUGGUAAUUUGUUAACAUCUGUUUAUGAUGGUCCACUGCAGGGUUCACACAAAUAAAUGUUAUUUUAAAGAAAAAAAAUUAUUUAGCUAUAACCAUACAACCCUUUGACAAUAUGAAGUAUUUAUAUUUUACAAUUCUACACGCUGACUUACAUUUAGGUAUAAUUUAAGAGUGGCCAGUAUUGACUACUAUAAAAUGAAUCUAUGUAAUUUAUUAUGCACACAUUUUAUUUAGGGAUCCUUAUGACAAUUUCUCUUCUACUAGCAUUGAUAUCAAAUUAUCUUUACUGGUUGUUAUACAGCCUUAAACAACUUGGAGUACGUAGACAUGCCCCAGAUAUCUUUGGACCUCUUUAUCAUUUCCAUUUUUUAUAGCCCUCCCUUUCCAGUCAUCUUGUUUUUGCAUUAAGGAAUAAGGUAUUAUGGAUUUUAGCAUUUUUUCCUUUAUGAAAUUUGUGUCUUGGUUUAGAAUUUCAAAGAUUGUUACUCCUCUCAGCAGAGUUUAAAUACAUUAAGUACCAGUGUUUUCUAGUGUGCAAUUUCAUUUUUGAGGAAUAAUUUGAGCCUUGCUGACAGUUUUUCCCAAUUUUAAUUAGUCAUUUCUUAAUAAGGUGGAAGAUGUAUCUACAGUGGAUGCCAUUUUAUAACCAAUUUAAAUAUACUACAAUUCAUUUGAAGGAUGAAUACUCCUUCAGGGAUCAUCUGGACAGGCAGGUUGAUUCAGUCUUUAAAAAAGGUUAUUAGUCUGCAGGUUUUGGUUAUUGGUCAGAUAUUUGCAGAGUAUGCUUCCAUGUAGAAUAUUUGGCUUCAUGGAUAAAAUGCUUGUGUGUUCUUACUGGACAGAUUUUAGAUGAGCCUUUUUUUAAAAUAAUUAUAGUUGAUGCUUACAUGAAUAUUUUGUGUUUAGUACAACUACAUCAUUUUCUGUGAAAGGUUCUAGACCAUUGUGGCUCAGAUCUUGGAUAGGUGUAGUGGAUAAAAUACUUUGUUUAUUGAUAUUCUCUAUUCAUACGAAAUCCUUUACCAGAUGGAACCUGGAGUUUUUGUUUGUUUGUUUUUUUAUCAAGGAUAUCACUUGUGGCAUACAUUCUGUCCAUCCUUUAGAGGUUUUCUGGCAGGGUGAUUUCCAGGCGUUCUGUUUCUUUUAGAGGGCAGGUUAAUUCUUGGUUUCACGUAGAGAAAACCCUUUUUCAAGCCUUUCCUCCAUUUUCUUUUCAGGAAAGAGCUUCUGGACAGUUUUUCAGGACCUGCUCUAUCAACAGUUCACCUUCUCCACCAAAUCAGUUUUAACUAUUUUAUUUCAGCCUAUUAUUGUUUAAAACCAGUUUUGUCUGAAAUAACACUUUUGUAAAAGUUGCCCAUGUUAUAAGAGUCCUUUAAUUUGUUGUUCAUAUUCUGUUCGUUCAGAUGGUUUCAAGAUCUUCAGGUUCACUGUUUUAUUAUCCCAGUCACAGUUCUAAAUGUCCUUAAUUAGGUCUUUUUUGUUUCUAUAGCAAACAACAUAUCUCUUGACCUAUUUACCUGUAUGAUAUUCUGGAAAAGGCUAAAAGAUUUAAUACACAAGCUUAUCAUUGUUCAGGUAUAACAAAGCUUCUGUUAAACAAUUAUGCUAGUUUUUUAGUACAAUUUGUUAGGAUGGUUGUGAAAAGUAGCACUUUAACAUACAUUCACAGUUUUUCUCCCUAUCUCUGACUUCAUAUUAUUUGCUUUGGAACUAACCCACCAGUGAAGCUAUGACGACAGAAGACAAUAUUCACACUUGCGCUAAACCAGUUUCUUCCAACAGAAAAUACCAUAUGAAGUGAUAUACCUGACAUUUAUGUAUUCAUGUUUGGGUACUAUCCCCACUUUCCUCACUCUUCAUAACUUGGCUAUAUGUGAACUAAAUCUCACAGGUCUGGGUAUACAAAUGGGAAGGAGGUUAAUCUAAAGACAUCGGGGAAAGUAUCUACUAUGAGGCACAAGUCCAUAACCAACUAGUGAUGAUCAUAUGAUAUCACAAAAUACGAAGAUGUUUCUUAUAUGUUGAGUGAACCUUCUCAUAUACAAUUUGGAAAAUGAAGGACCAAUUCAGUGACAGGAGACACUUUUUGACAACUAUUUUCCUAAACACUUAAUUAUUUUUUAAGCUAUGUAUUGAUUUAAUGGAUAAAUAUGUAAGCCAAAUAUAAAUGCAAUAGUAAUGUUUUAGGCAUCCCUGCUUGGACUGUGGUCUUAAAGAACUUUAUGAAAGUGAAAUUUGCUAACCCUUGAGAAAUAUAUAAUUUGUAAUUGCUUGUUAAUGAAACACAACCAUAAAACAUCACAUAUCAGCCACAACCAAACUGAUGUGAACAGAAAUAUAUAUAACUGCAUUAUUCCCCUAAACCUUGUACACAAUGAAUGCAACCAUGCCCCAAAUAUUAACUGAUGCUGACCGUAAAUAGGCUAUUUACUCAAUUAGUUCUAGUUUGCAUUCCAAUUUUAAUCUUUAUGAACUGCCAAUAACAUCAAAAACAAUCUCUAUAGAUUUGAAUGAAUAUAUUUAUUUGUUGUUACAUCUUUACCAUAAUUAUUAAGGCUGGAUUAGUUUUGCUGCUGUUAUAAUGGCUCUCCAGUGGACAUCUGCACUCCAGCUAUUUACGGACAUUAUAAUCAAUAUCUAUAGAUGAGCACAUUUGUGUUUUAAGCAAAAGGGUUUGUAAAAUUAUGAUUCACGCAAACUAUCAAUAUUUACUGUUUAACAUGUCAGUAAGCACUAGGCAAUGAUUGCGUAAGCAUUCCGUGUUUGUAAAAGUACACAUUGAUGAAAUUCACUAUUAGUGUAGCAGACGUUUUGGCUGUUUGUAGUUUCUAAUCAAUUCCCUGUAAUGAUUUCAUGGAAAUCUGUGAAAUAUUGUUUUCUUAACUGAAUGUCAGUAGUCACUUUUUUAAUUCUGCUACUGUAGCCUAAUGGGGAGGGUAGUUCUAAUGCUAUAGUAACACACACACACACACAUAUAUAUAUAUAUAUAUAUAUAUAUAUAUAUAUAUAUAUAUAUAUAUAUAUAUAUACAUACACACACAGUGCAUGAGGACAUGGUUUUUUUUGAAGGUUCAUGUUUUAACCUCCAGAUAACGGAUAGAAGAAUUUAUUAAGUUUUAAUCAGGCUCUAGAUGAAAAUAGCAAAAUGUAAUACACAAGUGAGAAAUUCCACAGAUUAUCUACCUGGCCCCAUCCCUGCCAUUUUAGUCAUGGUCAUAAUAAGUAGUUUAGGACCAGUCGUCUGAAUGCACUUUAAAGAACUGACUGGUGCUAAACAGGUAAAGAGGGACAACAAAUAAUAGCUACACAACAGUCUGCUUGAAAAAAAAUGGCCAUCUGUUCUUUGCAACAUCAUAGAGGUUUUGUGAGUAAAGGAGCUUUUCUUGAUUCCAAAAUUAUUUACUAAUUAGCAGUUACUAAAUGAGUAUAUGUCAUAUAUUGAUGUAUAAAGUUUUUUUGGGGGGAUUUCAAUAUAAAAUUAAUGAGUUGGUGCUACUAUGAGCCUUCCUUGUAUUUGGUCCUCUUUAGAACACAAUUUGCACCAUGAUUGUUAUACAAGGAUACAUAUACACCACUGCAAAUAUUCACAUAGAUCAGUGACUGACCAGUACAUAAGGCAUUGGAUCACAUUUGUAAGUUGUUGUAGCUAUGUGUUUGUCUGCAGACAGCUAAUCUAAUGAGACAGAGAGAUAGGUAAAAUGAGAGCAGAAUUGUCAGUGGGUCUGAUGCCAGACUUUUUUUACAUGGUGUAUGUCACUGGUUUUCAGACCUGUCCCCAUGCCACAUUUUGAGGAUAUCUGACCUGGAGUACAUGUGAAAUAAUCAGCUGAUUAGUAUACAUGGUUAUUCUACCUGCUCUCAUCCAAGGUAAUCCUGAAAAACGACCUGUUGGGGAGGAUUGAGGACAUGUUUGAAAACCAGUAGUAUAGGUCUACAGCUAUGGUUGCUAACAUAUUUUGUGAAAUAUUGUUGGUAAUUGUUUUUUUUAAGUGUGUCUAAAUUGGUGAUAAUCUCCAGAAAAGAAAAAAAUGUCCAGGCAGUAUGGACUGCAGAAGGGCAUGCUGUGUGCCAACACAUUUUUGAAUGCCACCUUUUAAAACGUGCCAAGGCUCACCACUCAUGAUGUAGGGUUCCCAACAGUCUUGUUGAGAAUCACUGCUCUGGAUGUAUGGGAAAUAACAUAUUUUUCGUUAUUAAUCCUUGAACGUAAUAAAAAAAAAAAAAUCUAUGCAUAUAACGACUUUCAGCAAGAUAUAGAUUUCAUAAGAAUGCGUGUAGUAAAUAUUUCAAACAUGAACAUCAGUAUCUCAAAAGUUGAAACAUAUGCAACUUAAUUAGCAACAUGGCAUUUCAGCUAUAAACAAAUCCGAAUGACAGCAUCUCUACAAGAUAACUUUUAUAGUGGGGUUAAUACACUGGGCAGUGAACAGGUUUGGGCAUCAUUAGCCAUCCAGCUGAUUAACUGCAUCUGUUUAUGUACAAAAAUGAUUUACUAUUGAUUAAGCCUUGUGCCAGUCAAUUAACCCUAACCCUUGACAUUUCAGAUGCUGACAAUUUUAUUGUGAGAUAUGAAAUGCUAGGACAGUUAGAUUGGAUCUAUUUUGACACCAACAUUUCAUCACAAAACCAUCUAAAACAGCUUUGCUGCAUACACGUCCUGCCUUUAGCAGGUAUUGUCCAUCAUGACAAUCAUAUACUUUUCCCCUAUCACAUUUUCCUUUUCUAACUUUCCUUUUUCCCCUUUCCUUUGACGGCAACACCUGUGUGGGGCGUCUUCCCUUGAUCUCUUUGUGCUGUAUGGUGACGCAUUAAUGUAUAUUCUAAAAUACAAAAAGAACACACCUUAAAAAGUUCUUUGAGUUUUGUUUGAAAAUUCUCACUAUAUUUGUUGUAAAAAAAAAAAAAAAAGUUUACUAUUAAAAAAAAAUACACGUU